UGCCGAUAUUUUCAGAGAAACCAAGCGUGAGGUGUGAUUUUUCAACAUUUCGUGAAAUUGUGCGUUUUUGCGCCCGCUGGACAGGGAAAUUCCGCCGGCUGGUGUCAGGCCCUGCUGGCGUCUCUGGUUCUGGCUCUUGCGGGGCUCUAAUGCGAUCUGACGGCAACCGUGGAACUGCUACUGAAACGGGGACUGCUGAGCGCCGCUGAGCUGAGGAGGACACGAUGACCACCAGCAGCGAGGAUGUGUUGCUUCAGAUGGGCGAGGUGCGGUACAAGAAGGGCGAUGGCACCCUCUACGUGAUGAAUGAGCGGCUGGCCUGGAUGGCCGAACAUCGGGACACGGUGACGGUCUCCCACCGCUAUGCAGACAUCAAGACCCAAAAGAUCUCGCCAGAGGGCAAGCCGAAGGUGCAGCUGCAAGUGGUGCUGCACGACGGCAACACCUCAACCUUCCAUUUUGUAAACCGCCAGGGCCAGCCCGCUAUGCUUGCCGAUCGCGACAAGGUCAAAGAGCUGCUGCAGCAGCUGCUGCCCAACUUCAAGCGUAAGGUGGACAAGGACCUGGAGGACAAGAACCGAAUACUCGUUGAGAACCCCAACCUGUUGCAGAUGUACAAGGACCUCGUGAUCACCAAAGUGCUGACCAGCGACGAGUUCUGGGCCACACACGCCAAGGAGCAUGCCCUCAAAAAGAUGGGCAAGACCCAGGAGAUCGGUGUUUCUGGCGCCUUCCUGGCCGACAUCAAACCGCAAACGGACGGCUGCAACGGCCUCAAGUACAACCUUACCGCCGACGUGAUUCACUGCAUUUUCAAGACCUAUCCCGCCGUCAAGCGCAAGCACAUGGAGAAUGUGCCUGCGAAGAUGCCCGAGUCAGAGUUUUGGACCAAGUUUUUCCAGUCGCAUUACUUCCACCGCGAUCGACUUACCGCUGGCACCAAGGAUAUAUUCACGGAGUGCGGCAAGAUCGAUGAUCAGGCCUUGAAGGCGGCUGUGCAGCAGGGAGCCGGUGAUCCCCUGCUGGACCUCAAAAAGUUCGAGGAUGUUCCUUUGGAGGAGGGCUUCGGCAGUGUUGCCGGGGACCGCAACGUCGUGAACAGUGGCAACAUUGUGCACCAGAACAUGAUCAAGCGGUUCAACCAGCAUUCCAUCAUGGUGCUCAAGACCUGUGCCAACGUGAAUGCACCGCCAGUUACAACCAAUGGCACUAACAGUGCCAACGGCCCGGUUUCCCAUUCUGCCUACACAAACGGCCUUAAUGGAAAGGCCACGGCGAUGGAAGCGGCUGCCGUAUCCAAGCGUUCCACAAGCGUUCCAGACAAUGACGAGCCGCAGAUCAAAAAGCAACGACUUAUCGACAAGAUCCACUACGAAGAUCUCGGUGAUCCCGUCAUGGAGAUGGAUGGCGAGGGUGCCGACGGAGACAAGGGCAACAGUUCCAAACAAUUCGAGCUGUCUAGGGUGGAGCGCUAUCUUAAUGGGCCCACCCAGAACAGUAUAUACGAUAACCACCACGACUCACAGAGUCUAGAGGAAGUGCAGUACAAGCUGGUGCGCAACUCGGAGAACUGGCUGAAUCGCAACGUGCAGCGUACGUUUAUCUGUUCCAAAGCGGCUGUGAAUGCCCUGGGCGAGCUGAGUCCUGGCGGUUCGUUGAUGCGUGGCUUCCAGGAGCAGUCUGCAGGACAGCUGGUGCCGCGUGACUUUCAGCGCGAGCUGCGCCACCUGUAUCUGUCGCUGUCGGAGCUACUGAAGCAUUUCUGGAGCUGCUUUCCACCUACUACCGAUGAACUGGAGGCGAAGUUGCAGCGGAUGCACGAGACCCUGCAGCGCUUUAAAAUGGCCAAACUGGUGCCCUUUGAAAAUCGCGCCAUGCACGAGCUCUCGCCACUGCGCUCCUCGCUGACCCAGCACAUGAACCAGCUGCUCCGCACCGCCAACGCCAAGUUUGUCACUUGGAAAGAGCGAAAGCUGCGCAAGGCCAGGUAGCAAACGCCAAACGGAGGCGACCUCGAGCGUCUGCCACACACCUCAAGAACCAUUAUUAUAGACUAGGGUUAACUUCUAAGCGUAUGCGGAACGCAUUGGAAUAAAACAUAAUUUGCAAAUUCGUAAA